UCCGGCUUGCGUUAACGACGAGGUUGCCAGGAAUUGGUUGAACAAUCUAGAGGUCAGGAAAGCUAUUCACACUGCAGAGGAAAGUGUAGUUAGGAGAUGGGAGUUAUGUACAUUCCAGCUUGAAUACGAUCAUGAUCUAGGGAGUAUGAUUCCUUACCACAAGAAUCUUACUUCAAAAGGAUACUCAGCAUUGAUAUUUAGUGGUGAUCAUGACAUGUGUGUCCCAUUUACCGGAACGGAAGCAUGGACAAGAUCACUUGGAUAUAAGAUUGUUGAUGAAUGGAGACCAUGGUUAAUCAAUGAUCAAGUUGCAGGGUUUAUACAAGGAUAUGCCAACAAUCUCACAUUUCUGACUAUAAAGGGAGCUGGACAUACUGUUCCAGAAUAUAAACCAGAGGAGGCAUUGUACUUUUACAAACAUUUUUUGGAUGGAACUCCUAUAUAAGAAAUAAGAAACUAGAGAAAGAUAGUUGUUUCAAAUUAUUAUUAUAUACUUGAUGGACUAGUUCACAAGUGUAUGAAGAAAAUAAGUUAUUUCAUUAUUCACUUUGUAUCUUUCAAACAUUACACCUUUUUAAACAAGUGUAACUUCAUUGUAUCUUUUGUCUUCCUAUUUAUCUAUACUAACAAAUUUAAUCA